GUGCCUUUCUCACAGAGGACCUGCAGAAUAAUGGAGUCACAUCAUGCAGCAGGUCUCAGUGUGUUCAGCAGAGCUUUCAGCACAGCUCAGGCUUGAGCUCAUUUAAACCGGGGGAACCGUAAUUUGCAGUAAACUCUCCUUUUUAUUUUUCAGCACAAGGACUUCUUUCAUACAUUUUUUUCUGCGUCAUGUCUUUUUAUGACGUCUGACUUUCCGUGUUUUGAUGUUUAUAUGAGGGGGGUUAACAGGCCCACCAUGGUUUUCCCAACAUAAAUCAACAGUUUUUCCUACAUCUUAGUGCAGGCUGCUUUCUGCUUACCUAUAACACGAAAUGAGAGGACCUCAUUGGGCAUUAUUUUAAGCAGUAACUGUACUUUCUGAAAGGCGGGUAUGGGCCAGUUUUUCGCAUCACAGAUGGGUCUUUCGGAGGUGAAAGCUCGGGAGCUGAGCUGGUUCAGAUGAAGUGGGAAGCUCAGGUUUUUGUUUGAAGGAUUUUGCGUCAUGGGCUGAGCUCCAGUGAUGACUCUUUUCUCAUGAAAGCUGAUCAAUUAUCCGAGAAUGGAUGAAGGAAGACGGAGACGGGAGAAUUUAUCGGUUAGACUUUAGUUUAAUACCUUCACCUCACGCGGACAGCGCGCACAUCACCGGAGUCCGUGAACGCAACAGGCUAAUACUGGCACCAAAUUACAAGUUUUACGCUUCAGUUACUUUGUGUGAGUAAAAGGUUUUCUUCUCUAUUUUUUAUUUUUUUUACUUUGACUUUUAGAGUUAUUAAGUUAUUUAGACUCCAGAGAUAAAAUCAAUGCGUUUUUGUGUCUGGUGUUAAAAUGUGCAGGCGCGUCUGAGCAGUGUUAUGUAAUUUCUUUAGCAGAUUAAAUUUAGUCAGCAGUUGCGGUUUGCCUUUUCCGUAGAAAUUGGUUUUGAACAGAGUAGGCUGUUUGAACUAAGAUUUUGAACAUUCUGGAUACUUUAGGCGGACCUUCAGUCUGAAAUAGUAAACCACUUUUUCUUCAGCGUUAGUCCACUAGCCCACUUGAGUGAUUUCCUCAAAAGCGGUUCAGGGAGCAUCUUUGUCCCUCUUGUCUCCUCACCGGACAAUGUUGCUCCUCCGCCUCGUGCUGCUGCUCUUCCUCCUCCGGUUCUCCGGUGUGUUGCUGGUGGAGGGGCUCAACACGUGCAUGUCCAUCAACCUGGAUAAGCAGAAGUCCCGACGGAUCGAGGCGGUCCGCGGGCAGAUCCUCAGCAAGCUUCGCAUCCGCAGCCCGCCAGACGAGGACGACGACGAGCCGCAGCCGAGCCCGGUGACCCCGGAGGUCAUGCUCCUCUACAACAGCACGCGAGAGCUGCUGAAGGAGCGCGCGCGUCUGGCCGAGUCUGCGUGUGAGCGCGAGAGCAGCGAGGAGGAUUACUAUGCCAAAGAGGUGCAGAGGAUUGACAUGCUGCCGCCCCGCACAGACACAAAUGCAGUUCAGCCAACAGCCCCCGACCCUCAUUACAGAGUCGUCCACUUUGACGUCAGCGGAGUCGACCUGACCAACAGCACCCUGGUAAAAGCCGAGUUCAGAAUCUUCAGAGCUCCCAACCCGCAGGCCCGAGCUUCUGAGCAGAGGGUGGAGAUUUUUCAGCUGCUGAAGCCCGAUGAGGAGAGCACCUCCACUCAACGUUACAUUGACUCCCGUACUGUUCAGCCAAAGGUGAAGGGAGCCUGGAUUUCUGUGGAAGUCACUGAGACCAUUAAGGACUGGGUGUCAGAUCCAGAGAAUAAUCUCGGCCUGAAGCUGGGUGUCCACUGUCCUUGCUGUACCUUCGUCCCGUCCACUAACAACAUUGUUCCCAACAAGAGUGAGGAGCUGGAGGCUCUCUUUGCAGGUGUGGAUGAUGAGCAGCUCCGUCGGUUAAGAAAGCCUGGACCGGUCAAAGGUCAGUCAGACUUCAGCACCAAGACUCCACACCUCAUCCUCACUGUGCUGCCCAGCGACAGAGUGGACAACCCCGCCAAGAAGAACCGCAAAAAGAGGGCAGCCGCCACCGACACUUCAACCUGCUCCCGUGGCUCGGACCAGAGCUGCUGCCUGCGCUCGCUCUACAUCGACUUCAGGCGGGACCUCAACUGGAAAUGGAUCCAUGAGCCCAAAGGUUACAAAGCCAACUUCUGUGCAGGAAGCUGUCCAUACCUCUGGAGCGCCAACAACCACUAUAACAUGAUCCUGCCCUUGUACAACAAGCUGAACCCCGAGGCCUCGGCCACCCCCUGCUGUGUCCCUCAGGACCUGGAACCCCUCACCAUUAUGUACUUCAUCGGCCGCACGCCACGUGUUGAGCAACUCUCAAACAUGGUCGUCAAAUCCUGCAAAUGCCGUUAGACUCACAGGAAGAGGGGAGAGAGUCAGAGAGGAGGAGAACCAGUACAAACUAAGAACUAAACUUUAAGGAGUGGAACACAAUAACAGGACACAUGGACCCUUUGUUCUUUCAUUUUUUGCGGUCUCAUCAGCUUCAGAUGACUUUUCAGAUGUUAUAUUUUUACGCUACCUGACUCAAAUAUCAGGUUUUGCUUCCAAUUCAUUACAGGCAUGCAAACCCUCUUCAUCUCUGGAACUUUCUGUUUGACAUAGGACACUGUAUAUACGACAACAUGGCUGUAUUAAACAUGUACUGUAUAUUGACGGGGGUGCUGUGUGAUUGGCGCCACAUUCUAUUUGAAUGAAAGGGAUUCUUAUUAUCGGGAUUUUUUAUUCCACAUAGGUCGUAUAUUGCUGUGGUCGUUGGCAGCGGAGCGGGUCGGGCGUGUUUGCUUAAGGUUUGAAGGUGUUGAUAGGAUGGAGGCAAUGUGGAAAGGUUUCGCAGUCUGCGAUCUUUAGAGCGAGGGAGGCAGGGAGCAGAUAGAAAAAAGAGAGAGAGAGAGACUGUGUCCAGGCUGAGGCCCUGCCAGCUCUCUGCGGUCCCGGGCUGAAAUCUGCCUGGCGUAAACAGGAUGUGAAAGAUUUCCAGACACCGACCCGACCACUCACGGAACGCUAGAUUUAAACGCUCCCCUCAUCUCCUCUGUCUCUCUCUCUCUCUCUCUCUCUCUCUCUCUCUUUCCUCUCUCUCUUACUCAAGGUUCUGGGAUUUGUGGUGGGAGGGAGAAAAGAGAGGCUUUGAAAAUGAGACUUGGGAUGAUAGGGCUGUAUUUGGAACGGCUACAACUUUGGAAGGUGGUAUUUUGCAGCCUUAGCAAAUUUGUAACUAUUUGGGUCUGACUCAAACUUUUGGUAAUCACUCUCCUGUGCUCCUUUUGUCAAUGUGCAUUUGUUAUUUAGUUGUAAAAAGCUGUUGACUCAUUGCUAUUCCUACACCGUGAUUAUAUUUUUGCCUUACCUGUCUUUCACCAUCGACCUCGCUGAUUCGCUCGCACGGUUUUUGUCUACACCCAAGUAUCCACAUUGACCACUUUUGAUAGAAUGUCUAAAUGCUGAAAAUAAAAAUAAAAAACAUCCCCAGGGAUCAUUUUAAAUAUAG